AUGCCGAUCAUUUCAACAGCCGGAACCCACCUUUUGGAUGCCGAAACUCCUCCUCCGUUAGACGACGUGGUUCAUGGCUCUGUCGAUUUCAAAGGCCGACCCGUCACACGGUCCGGAUCCGGAGGUUGGAAGUCCGCUUUCUUCAUUAUAGGUGUUGAAGUGGCUGAAAGAUUUGCUUACUUUGGAAUAAGCUCGAAUUUAAUGAGUUAUUUGACGGGUCCUUUGGGCCAAUCCACCGCAACUGCGGCAGAGAAUGUGAAUGCAUGGAAUGGAGCGUCGGGGCUUUUGCCGCUUUUGGGUGCUUUUGUGGCCGACUUGUUUCUCGGUCGAUACUGGACCAUUCUCAUUGCCUCUGGGCUCUAUAUCUUGGGACUUUGCUUCUUGUCCACAUCUGUUGUUCUCUAUUCAUUCAAAUCUUCUCAAUGUCAAAAUGCUGCAAAUAACAAGGCAUGCUCUGUGCCACAGUUUCAAAUUAUUAUCUUCUAUUUCUCGUUGUAUUUAGUUGCAGUAGCACAAGGAGGGCAUAAACCUUGUGUUCAAGCUUUCGGUGCUGAGCAGUUUGAUGAGCAACACCUACGAGAAUGUGAAGCCAAAAGUUCAUUCUUCAAUUGGUGGUAUUUUGCCAUGAAUUCAGGGAUUAUAGUGGCUCUCCUUAUUUUGUGCUACAUUCAAGACAACCUAAGUUGGGGUCUUGGCUUUGGAAUCCCCUGCAUUGUUAUGUGCCUUGCACUAAUUCUAUUUUUGCUUGGAACAAUGACUUACCGGUUUCGCGUGCAAAGUGAUGAAAGAAACCCAUUUGUGAGAAUUGGUCGGGUAUUCCUGAAUGCGGCUAGAAAUUGGCGGACUACCCAGACUGCAAUAUCUAAGGAAGAGGAAGCUCAGGGAAUUCUGCCUUAUCGAGGCUCUGAACAGUUCAAUUUUCUUAAUAAAGCAUUGCUUGCACCUGAUGGUUCAAAGGAAGACAGGAAAGUCUGUACCGUCACAGAGAUUGAAGAGGCGAAGAUAGUUCUAAGGCUUGUUCCAAUAUGGACUGCAUGUUUGGGAUUUGGCAUUGUAUCUUCACAAUCAUCGACUUUUUUCACCAAACAAGGACUUACAAUGGAUCGUUCUAUCUCGUCUAGCUUACAAAUACCAGCUGCUUCACUUCAAUCUUUUAUCUCCAUUGGCAUUGUUGUCUUCGUUCCAAUUUAUGACCGUAUUUUGGUUCCUAUUGCAAGAGCUAUAAGUAACUCGGGCAUUACAAUGCUUCAACGAAUCGGAACUGGGAUAGUUUUAUCUUUUCUUUCCAUGGUAAUUGCAGCUUUAGUCGAGAGGGAACGCCUGAAAACUGUUGCUGAGUAUGGACUUGUGGAUAAGGCGAAUGCAACAGUGCCAAUGAGUGUGUGGUGGCUGCUACCUCAGUAUUUGCUUAUUGGAGUUGCAGAUGUAUUUACCCUGGUUGGCCUCCAAGAAUUCUUUUACGACCAGGUUCAAAACGAGCUGAAAAGUAUAGGCCUUGCUCUAUAUCUCAGUAUAUUUGGCAUAGGGAACUUCUUGAGUAGUUUUCUCAUCUCUGUGGUGGAGAAAGCCACCAAUGGCCCGGGUCAAGACUGUUGGUUUUCAAAUAACCUUAAUCGAGCUCACAUCGACUACUUCUACUGGCUACUCGCAGGCAUUAGCGCUGCUGCAUUUGCUGCUUACUUAUACACUGCAAAAUCUUAUAUUUAUAAUAGAAGAAACACCCUCUGA